AUGGCGGCGUGGCAGAAGCAAAAAAAAAAAGGUGAACAGCUGUCCCCAAAUGUCCCCCUUUCUUCAUACAGCUUUGGUCCAACAGGUGAUAUCUUAAGUCAUCAUAUAAUCAAAACCAAGUGCUGUUCAGCAGGAAGGAUGCGGGAGAAAACGCCCAAGUGGGAUUGUACCCUGGAUUUGGGAAAGAGGAGCAAAGGGGAGGUCCUUCCCACCUCGCAGAUGUCCUGGGCACUGCUGGAGAAGCACCCACUUCGCUCCCCGCUGCCGCUGCGUGGCGGCAGCGCGCCCUCCGGUGGCCGCAGGGGGCAUGGACCACCUGGCUGGGGCUCCUGGUCGGCUCCACUCCUCCCAACGGAACCAAAGACCUUGCUGGGUUCUGUUACAGAAAAGCACACUGAGGAAGAGGACGCGGUCGACUCCGUUCUCCUUUCAGCGUCCAAGAUCCUAAAUGCCUCCGAGGGGUUAAAAGAAAUUGGUGGCAGUGAAACAGAAUAUGGCUGCAUAUCAGAAUCUGAAAACCAAAUCCAACCACAGUCAGCACUGAAAGUCCUUCAGCAUCAGUUAGAAUCAUUUCAGGCUCUGCGAAUACAGACUUUGCAGAAUGUUAGCAUGGUACAGUCUGAAAUCAGUGAGAUACUGAACAAAAGUAUUAUUGAAGUAGAAACCCCACAAUUUGGCUCAGAAAAAAAUCUAGCAUUCAGUACACACACUGAAAAGAAUUCGCCUAUAGAGAAGCCAGAAGAAAUCUUUUCUAUGGAAAAAAUUCAUCAUUUUGAGGAUUCCAUGAUUCGUCCUUCAAUGGAUGAAAAAUUCAGUAGCAAUAAUGUUAACAGUCUCUCUCAAAGUAUAAAUAUCCCAUCCCAAACGCAGUUCAAGGACAUAUUAACUCUUGAGAACUUGAGAACUCCAACAGAUAAUUCAGCUUCAAACAUAAUAAUUAUGAACCCUUCAGAAAAUUCUGACAUAUUGAAGAAUUAUAAUAAUCAGUACAGUUUUCUACCUAAAAUAUCUCAAAAUGUGAUAUCUCAAGCAGAUACAAGUAUUCUGGAUAAAUCCAAAAUGGACAUGCCUUUUCUGAAGCAUGGGUUUUGUGAAAAUUUGGAUGAUAUUUGCUACUCGAUUAAGCAAAUGAAGGAAGAGCUUCAAAAGUCACAUGAUAGGGAACUGGCACUUACAAGUGAACUUCAAACCUUAAAAACCAACCCAAAUAUUCAAAGAAAUGGGAACUAUGACCUGUUCCCCAUUCACAAGGAAAAAAUUGACUUCACUAAGGAGGAAAGCAUAGAAAGUAACUUAAAUGAAGAUAUAAAAUCAAAGAGAAUUUCAGAAUUAGAGGCAUUAGUAAGCAAGUUACUCCCACUCAGGGAAACAGUGUCAAAAUUCCAUGUGAAUUUUUGUAGGAAAUGUAAAAAAUUAUCUAAGAGUGAAAUACACAGGGGAAAAAAUAAUGAGAAAAACAAUAAAGACAUUCCUAUCAACGGCAAGACUAUUACAGAUUUAAAAUUCCAUUCCCGAGUUCCAAGACAUACACUAUCAUUCCUUGACCAAACAAAACAUGAAAUAAAAGACAAAGAAGGGAAACCAUUUAUAGUAAAACACGGAUCAGUAGUAGCUGAAAAUGAGAAAACAUCUAAAGUCAAUUCUGUCACUGAGCAGUGUGUUGCAAAAAUUCAGUACUUACAGAAUUACCUAAAAGAAUCUAUGCAGAUACAGAAAAAAGUAUCAGAACUGGAAAACGAAAAUCUAACCCUGAAGACCAAAAUAAAGCCUCUAGUCUUUACCACACAAUCUCUGAUACAGAAAAUUGAAAGCCACGAAAAGCAACUGAAGAAUUUGGUUGAAGAAAAAAACACUAUUCAGUCCAAGUUAAUUAAAGCAGAAGACGACAGCAAAGAAUGUCUUAAAGAAUUUAAGAAAAUAAUUAGCAAAUAUAAUGUUCUCCAAGGCCAAAACAAAAUGCUUGAGGAAAAAAAUAGUCAGCUUGCUUUGGAGAAGCAACAAAUGUUGGAUGCAUUUGAUCAGCUAAAAAGUAAGGAACAUAAAAUUCAGAACGAUAUGGCCCUUGUCACUAGUGAAAAUAAUAGAAUGAGUAUAGAAAUGGAAGCAAUGAAAACAAAUAUUCUCUUGAUACAUGAUGAAAAAGACAUUCUGGAGAAAAAAACAUACCAGCUCCUCCAAGACAAAAGUUCACUUGAAAAUGAGCUAAAAGAAAACCAGCUGGAGAUCCUGCAGCUAAAAGAGAAGGAAAGACUGGCAAAAAAUGAGCAAGAGUCGCUUCUUCAAAUCUUAGAAACGAUUAAAAAUGAAAAACUGAACCUUGAAACAAUAUUACAAGAUGCUACUACUGCUCGACAAAUGAUGGAAAGAAAAAUUGAGACUCUUCAAACUUACCAAAAUGCUUCAGAAGAGAGUUUUCUGAAAGAAAUUAAAAAUGCAAAAUCAGAAGCAAAUAUUUAUAAAAACAGCUUGUCAGAAAUCAGCAAGGAAUGCGAAAUGUUAUCAAAAAUGGUAGUGGAAAUUAAGACAGAUAAUCAAAUUCUGAAAGAAGAACUAAAGAAACAUAGUCAAGAAAAUAUGAAUUUUGAAAACAGCCUCAGUCGACUUACUGAAGACAAAAUGCUUUUAGAAAACUAUGUAAGAAGUAUAGAAAAUGAAAGGAACACCUUGGAAUUUGAGAUGCGGAAUCUUCAGCGAGAAUAUUUGAGUUUAAGUGAUAAAAUUUCUAGUCAGCAUCAUGACCUAACAAAAAUGACUCACAUUUCAAGACGAGAGAAAUUCCAUUUUGACAACUAUAAUACUUAUGAAGACACUUCUAAUCCUAGGAGUAGGCCUUUAGCUCAUGAUUUGAAAGGAAUUCCAAGUAAACUGUAUCAAAUGUUUCCAUCCAAAAUAUGUAAAUAA